UUAUUUUUUAUUAAAUAAAAUGGCAAAAGAAAAAUAAAGUAAAAUAAGAUUUAAUAUUAGAAAUAUACAGAACAGAAAAUAAAUUUGAUACUUACAUGACAAAAGAUGCUUUUUGUAAAUUUAUUUCAGAUGAAUUAAUUGGAAAGGAAGGAAUAAAAGAAAAUUUUAAAUUCCAAAAUUUGAAAGCCAUUUUUGGAUUGUUUAUGAUAGCUAAUGUAAUCUAUUCACAUUAUCAUUUCAUUCCAUAUCCUCAAGACUAUUACAUAUUGAUUGCUUGCAUAAUAUUGUAAAUUUGAUUAUACACGUGUAUUAGUUAUUAUGUUUCUACAUACAUUUAUUAAUGGUUUGAGAAAGUAAAGGAAGGCGAUAUAUUUAUACUUUUUGAUGUAAAUUAUAUAUAUAUGUUAUUUAGGACAAGAAAGCAAACAAGACUUUUGGAUUUGGAGCAUCUUAAGAAUUAUAUCAGAGAUUUAUAAUUUUAAGAAUAUAUAGUAUGCCUAAUAAAGCUUAAGUAAAUAGAAAGUAGAUUAUAUUAGUUAGUUGAACGUAAAAUUGAUAGUGCAGAAUAUCUUGAUGUAAAAGGUUAUAUAGUUUAACCAAAAAUGAGAAGUUUAAUUAAUGAGUUGUUACAAGAAGCAAAUAAGAAAUGAUAAUUUAUUAUUGUUACAAGAAUAUUAUGUGUAUAAAUAGAGAAGGA